AUGGAAUAUGAAAGGAGGCAGAAGGUAUUUGAGGAUGAUAUUGAAAGAUCUACCACAGAAGCACAACAUCGGAUUUCAGAGAUCCAAAAGAACUGUUCGGAUUCAUUGGAGACAGAAAAAUUGAACUAUCAGAAAGACUAUAAGGAAUCAAUUAAGAUGCUGGAAGAGAAAGUGAUGCAGAAUAAGAAAAAGUACGAGGAAUUUUGUAUGACAUCUACCAGAGAGAUGACCAUUGUACCUGCUGAGGAAAUAGUCAUUCUGAAAAAAUUACUUCAGAAAGAGACUCUUUUAAGAAAUGCUACCGCAAAGGAGAUAAAUCAUCUGAAAAAUCAAAUGGCAGAACUGAAGAUGUUGGAGGCAUCAAGAGAGUCAGAUAUCUUAAAACUUCGUAAGAUGUUGGAAGAUGAGACACACCAGAAAGAGAAACUCAAAGGAGAAAUAGUAAGAUUGCGAAGUCAACUGCUGCAAUUAGGUUCUGAAGUUGGAAAAACACAGACUUGUGGAGUUGGAUUUGAGAAAGUUGCUGGUGAUUUAGAUUAUUCUCCCACUUUCCUAGUUAAGCAACAACAGCGAGUUAGGGCAAAUGGAGAGAAGGCCUCUGUUGCCAAGCUCUUUGAACAUGGCAGGACAUUGCAGAAGAUUCUGUCAUUGCUUGAAGCAGAAGAUCUUGAUGCGCAAAUCAAUGCCGUGAAAAUAAUAACAAAUUUAACUUCUGAAGAAAGAAACCAGAAGAAAAUUGUGGAAGCAGGUGGACUUACGUCCUUGCUCACACUGCUUAAGAACUCAAAAGAUGAAACCACUCAAAGAGUUGCAGCAAGCGCCAUAGCAAAUUUGGCGAUGAAUGAAACCAAUCAAGAUCUCAUUGCGGCUCAAGGAGGCAUUAGUUUACUAUCAAUGACAGCAACAAUUGCCGAAGAUCCUCAGACCCUUCGAGUGGUUGCUGGAGCAAUUGGUAAUCUUUGUGGCAAUGAUAAACUACAAAUAAAGAUAAGGGAUGAAGGUGGUAUGAAGGCACUGCUGGGAAUGCUCAGAUUCAGACAUGGCGACGUAGAUACCCAGAUUGCCCGCGCAAUAGCCAAUUUUGCAAAAUGCGAGUCUAAAGCAUCUUCUCAAGGGACAAAGGUUGGAAGGUCUUUACUUAUUGCGGACGGUUUGCUUCCAUGGAUAGUGAAAAACGCAAAUAAUGAAGUCUCAUUAGUUAGGCGUCAUAUUGAGAUUGUUCUCUGCCACUUAGCACAAAAUGAAGCAAAUGCAAGAGACAUGAUUAGUGGAGGUGCAAUAGGAGAGUUGGUUCGAGUCUCAAGAGAUUGUUCAAGAGAAGACAUAAGGAUUCUUGCACGUGAAACAUUAAUCUCCAACCCCGCAUUCCAAGCUGAAAUUAGGCGUUUAGGGAUAGAAUAA